AUGGCCGGACGGGUCGUGGCCGCCUGUCCACCUCCCCUUGAUGGCGCGGCACUGGGCCGAGGUCAGCGAGCUAGAGUAAUAGAGUUCAAGGUCGGAGGGCUGCAUCAGCCUGAAUUUUUGCGAGUCAGUGGCCCGCGAUUGCGGGAUGUUAGCGCACGAGCCGCCGUUGUGUGUCGUUUCCCGGGGCGAAGCAAGCCAGACCAGUUGGCCGAGCACAAUCACUAUUGGGUAGAGCAAAGCGACGAGGACUUGGAAUUUGGUCAAUUUCGCUGCUCUGGCGGCGACGUCCAGCUUGGCGUCCAGCAGUUGCAGAUGUCGACCGACAGGAUGGUCUUGGCGGACGGCCUGGGACAUGAAGAGGCGAAACAACAAAAAAUUAAAUAG